GGAUUGGAUAUGGAGGAGUUAGAAGAAAUUGAAGAAGAUGCUGGGCUUGGCAAUGGUGGUCUUGGGAGGCUUGCUGCCUGCUUCUUGGACUCCAUGGCAACCCUGGGACUUGCAGCCUAUGGAUAUGGCAUCCGAUACGAAUAUGGGAUCUUUAAUCAGAAGAUCCGAGAUGGAUGGCAGAUAGAGGAGGCAGACGAUUGGCUCAGGCAUGGAAACCCCUGGGAGAAGUCCCGCCCUGAGUUCAUGCUGCCUGUGCACUUCUACGGGAAGGUAGAGCACACCGAGACGGGGACCAAGUGGAUCGACACCCAGGUGGUCCUGGCUCUGCCAUAUGACACCCCAGUGCCUGGGUAUAUGAAUAACACCGUCAACACCAUGCGCCUCUGGUCUGCUCGGGCACCAAAUGACUUUAACCUCAGAGACUGUGAGUACAGCACUUUUUGAUCACAAGUUAGGACC